AUGGGCUCCGCAGCUACUGGCAGCUAUGCCCUCUCGCAGACUCAUCGAGAGAUGCUCGAGAAGCCCCUCGUCGAGACCGAUCCGGAGAUCGCAGAGAUCAUGAAAAAAGAAAUCAAACGCCAACGCGAGUCCAUCAUCCUGAUCGCCUCGGAGAACGUCACCUCGCGCGCCGUCUUCGACGCCCUCGGCUCCCCCAUGUCCAACAAGUACAGCGAAGGCUACCCGGGGGCGCGGUACUACGGCGGCAACCAGCACAUCGACUCCAUCGAACUCACGUGCCAAAGCCGCGCCUUGAAGGCCUUCCACCUAGACCCCGAGAAGUGGGGGGUUAACGUGCAGUGCUUGAGCGGCAGCCCAGCGAAUCUGCAGGUGUACCAGGCGCUGAUGAGGCCGCACGACCGGCUGAUGGGGUUGGAUCUGCCGCACGGCGGACACUUGAGUCACGGAUAUCAGACGGCGCAGAGAAAAAUCUCCGCAGUCUCAACCUAUUUCGAGACUUUCCCCUACCGAGUCAACCUCGAGACCGGCAUCAUCGACUAUGACCGGCUGGAAGAGAACGCCCUCAUGUACCGCCCCAAGUGCAUCGUCGCAGGAACCUCCGCAUACUGCCGCCUGAUCGACUAUGCCCGCAUGAGACAAAUCGCAGACAAGUGUGGCGCGUAUCUCAUUGUGGACAUGGCACACAUCUCUGGACUGAUCGCCGCAGGCGUUAUCCCCAGCCCUUUUGAACACGCCGACGUGGUCACCACGACCACCCACAAAUCGCUGCGUGGUCCCCGAGGAGCCAUGAUCUUCUUCCGCAAGGGCGUGCGCAGCACAGACCCCAAGACCGGCAAACAAGUCCUCUACGAUCUGGAGGGGCCCAUCAACUUCUCCGUCUUCCCUGGUCACCAGGGUGGCCCGCACAACCACACUAUCACCGCUCUGGCGGUCGCCCUGAAGCAAGCGGCAACUCCCGAGUUCCGUGCGUAUCAGGAGCAGGUGCUCAAGAACGCCAAAGCGCUUGAAACCGAGUUCAAGGAGUUGGGCUACAAGCUGGUCGCCGGCGGGACGGACUCGCACAUGGUCCUUUUGGAUCUCCGACCCCAGUCUCUCGACGGCGCGAGAGUUGAGGCGGUGCUCGAGCAGAUCAACAUUGCGUGUAACAAGAACAGCAUUCCCGGGGACAAGUCGGCCCUGACCCCCUGUGGCAUCCGUAUCGGCGCGCCGGCCAUGACCUCGCGCGGAUUCGGCGAGGAAGACUUCAAGAGGGUGGCGCGGUACAUUGACACGAGCAUCAAGCUGUGCAAGAAGAUCCAGGCGGAACUGCCCAAGGAGGCCAACAAGUUGAAAGAUUUCCGGGAGAAGGUGAGCAGCGAGACCGUGGACGAGAUCCUGAAGUUGAGGACCGAGAUUGCCGAGUGGGCUUCGAGUUUCCCCCUGCCGGUGUAA